AAAUUCAAAGUAAAGAUGCAUUAACUUUGGUCUUAUAUCAGGUACUGGUUUGCACUCACCUAAUGAACUUCUUCUAUUGAUCAUGCAGGCUACAGAACGAAUUGAAAGUAUAAAGCUAGACUUGUGCAACUCAAAAGAUGUAUACAUAAACACUAAAUCUUUUAAUAAAAUGACGAGACUAAGAUUGGUCAGAAUCGAUUACAGUUUGGAUCGGCUUCUCCCUGCGAUUCCAAGUGCAGACCUUAAACAAUAUGUGAGUGGGGACUUGAAGUUUCUCUCUGAUGAGUUGAGGCUUCUCUGCUGGCACGGAUGCCCUUACUCAUCAUUGCCAUCCAACUUUAGGCCGAGGAAUCUUAUCGACCUUGACUUGCGUUUUAGUCACAUUCAACGACUUUGGGAAGGAACAAAGCUCAUGAAAAUGUUGAAAUUCGUCAAUUUAAGUCGCUCUAUAUACCUUGACAGAAUCCCUGACUUCAGUGAGGCGAUAAAUCUGGAGAAACUAAUUCUCGAUGGUUGCUCAAGUUUGGUUGAGGUUCAUCCAUCCAUUUCAGCUCUUCAAAACCUUGUUGUCUGUACUUUAAAUGGGUGUGAAAAACUUCAGGACUUUCCGAGCAGCAUUCGUAUGAAAUCUCUCAAGAUUUGAGAAGUUUCCAAAGAUUUCAGAAGCUAUGGAGGAGCUAUCAGAGCUUUGUCUAGAUGGGACUGCAAUUAAAGAAUUGCCCUCAUCAAUUGAACUGCUUCAGGGCCUUGAACUUUUAAGUAUGAGAAACUGCAGAAGCCUUGUCCGUCUUCCACACAAAAUAUGUAAUUUGGCAAACCUUCAACAGCUCUAUCUGGCUGGGUGCUCGAAACUCCAUAACUUGCCUAGUAACUUCGGUAAUUUGGAAUCCUUGACAGACCUGGAGGUACAAGAUAGUGGUAUAAAACAACUUCCAUUCUCUGUACUACAUUUGAGCAAGCUUAAGGGGGAUGCAUUAUCAUGUAUUGGAUGUAAACAAAUGACGACACCCUUUUCGGCAUGGCCAUCAUCAGUUGAAAAAUGUUCUAGUUACUCUGUUCUGGUACAUCUUGAUUUAAGUGACUGCAAUCUGUUGGAAAUAUCAAAUGGUAUUGCUCAUUUGUGUUCCCUGGAAACAUUAAAGAUGUGCAGAAACAAUUUGGAGAGCUUACCUGCAACAAUGAGUCAACUUGGUCGCCUAACACAUCUCGAAUUGGAGGCUUGCAAGAGGCUGAAAUCAAUUCCACAGCUUUCAUCAAGUGUGAAGUACAUAGAUGCUCAUGAUUGCACAGCUUUAGAGUCAGUGUCAACGCCAAAUCCCCCGUACGAAAAGAAUCUUUGGUUCACAUUUUCUAACUGCUUCCCGCUGGUACAAACAAAUCUAUUUAUAGAUGUUGUGGAAACUCAUUCUUAUCAUCAGGUUCGUAUCUUUUCCUCAGUCACACACAUUGACGAUUUGACACACACGCAAACAGAGUUAACCAAAUGAAGUUGACCCUUGUUUGAAUUAUAUAGGGUGAUCUGCAACCUCUUUCCUUUUACAUGUGUCUUCCACUCUUCCUGGAAGAGAAAUUCCAGCUUGGUUCAGCCAUCAGUGUAGGGGAUCCUCAAUCACUGUGCAGCUACCACCCAAUUGUUUCCAUGAUAACUUUCUGGCAU